AUGAAUGUCCCAGAAGCGCCUGUAUUUCCCCUUCUUGAAGGCAAGGUGGCCAUUGUCACAGGCGCCGCCCAAGGCAUGGGCAAGGCUACCGCUUCUGUCUUUCUCCGAGCGGGGGCUAAGGUAGUCAUUGCCGAUGUGAAGGUAGAGCAAGGAGCUAAGGUUGCUGACGAGCUUUCUACUUUGGGAGAAGUUCGUUUCGUGGAGACUGACAUCUCCAAGUCAGAGGAUGUACAAAACCUCAUUAAGCAGACAGUCAGCGCCUUCGGCAGAUUAGAUGUGGCGAUCAACAAUGCGGCCAUGUCUCCGGAUCAGACUCCCCUGAUUGACUUUGACGAGUCAUAUUGGCGCAGAUUGAUGGAUGUCAGUUUGACUGGUACCGCGCUGUGCUGUAAAUAUCAGAUGCAGCAGAUGGAAAAGCAAGGCUCAAGGGGCUCUAUUGUCAAUAUUGCUUCGAUCAACGCCUAUUCACCGCAGCCAAAUAUGCCUGCAUACACGGCGGCUAAGCAUGCACUGCUGGGCUUGACCAAGCAUGCAGCAACUGAAGGUGGUCCCAAGGGUAUUCGAGUUAACGCUAUUGCACCUGGAGCGAUAUUUAGUGAAAUGUCUGUCGCAGCGUUGGAAAUUAUGGGCACCACCCAUGAUGAGUUUGCGCCCAAGGUUAGCAGCUUAAACAGGUUUGGACAGGCCCAUGAGGUAGCCCAGGGUGCUGACCAAGAGCUUCUCGCCUUCGAUAUCGACAACGGAAUCAAGAGGACUGGACAGAAUGACCUUGAUAUAUUAGAGAGUCUCGAGCAAACCACUCGGGAUGCGUACAAUACGUGCGUUCAAAAGAGAUGGAAAAUCACCAUCCCGGGAAAAGGGAAGAAAAUCAUCAUCCGUGACCUUUUGAGCAAAGUCGUGCACUGGAUCGAGCUAUUCAAAUCAGUUGGCGAUCAAGCUGUGUCGUGUGACCCGGGGCACGCCGCCUUACCAUGGGCCGGGGCUCGAUUUUUGUUGCAGAUUGCUAUCAACGAUUUCAGCAAAUUCGAUUUCGUGGUGCAGGGGGCUGAAAGAAUCGCCAAAAUGACGGCGCGAUAUAAAAUGAUCGGGAAGAUUUACAUCCAAAAGGAAUCGGCUGCGACGAAGCAGCUUGAACAGGCUGUUGUGGGUGUGUAUGGGUCGAUCCUCAAAUAUCUUGUUGAAGCCAAGCGCUAUUUUGAACAUAAAACAGGGGUGCGAAUUUUGAAAAGUGGGCUUCUUGGCCAGGAUGAUUUCCAGGGACUUUUGGACAAAAUGGAAGCGGACGAGAGAUUGGUGGACCGAUGCACGAGUUUGGUUCAAAGUGAGAAGAUGAAGUCAUUUCCUUCUCUGCGAUAUACGCUUAGUCGGAUGGAACAGCCAAUAUCACAGGUGUUCUUCCACUUCAACAAGGUUGAAGAUCAUUUGAACAGUAUACAGCGACGAGAAGUGUUGAACUGGUUAUCCUCUCAACCGUAUCUUGACCACCACACCACGAUCAAAUCUAGAGUGCUGGACGGAACAUGCCAAUGGGUUCUACAACAUACAAGCUUCACUAAAUGGCAAGGCGAAAGCACAAACUCGCUGCUCUGGCUUUAUGGCGCUCAAGGUGCGGGCAAAAGCUGCUUAGCAUCGACAGUCAUUGAGGACGGCAUAAAAGUCUCCAGCCAGAUUGAAGAUUUCGCCCACGCCUACUUUUAUUGUUCUCGCAACACUGCCGAGCCCCAACGUGCAAAUGCACAGAGUAUUCUCGGUUGUAUUGCGCGUCAGCUUUCCAGCCCAUCUUCAAACCAGCCCAUCGCUCCUGCAACAAUUUCUCUUUACAGUAAAAUACACUUGGCAGAUGGUUCAACAAGAGCUCCUAAUCUGGUUGAAUCCCGUGACUUGAUCGUUGAAUUGACCGAAGCCCAUCCCCGCACCACCAUUGUGAUAGACGCUCUGGAUGAGAGUCCUAGGGAGGAGCGAGCCGACCUAGUCGAAGCACUAGAGUAUAUUAUCGACAACUCGACUAGUCUCGUCAAGAUCUUUGUCACUUCGCGUGAAGAGGGUGACUUGAGGUUAUCGAUUCAGGCGCAUUCCGGUGUUCAGGUGACGUGGGUAGAGAAUGGGUCCGAUAUCGAGAAAUUUGUGAAUUUUGAAACGAACAGGCUUGUUGCAAAGAACCAGCUCCUUGCAUAUAUCCGAGUCAAAACAACAAAAGAGGAUCUAAAGACACUGAUCAAGGAAGAUACUAUUUCCAAAGCUAACGGGAUGUUCCGUUGGGCCCAAUUGCAGCUCCAGAGCCUUCGUUGGAUUCGUACGGAGAAGGACAUUCGAUUGGCCAUGUCAAAAAUCCCACGCCUACUCAGCGAGCUAUACGAGGACCUCUACAGGACGGCACUCGAAAGCACUGAAGAAACAGAUCGGGCUUUGUUCCGCAACACAUUGAGAUGGAUGUUGUGCACGACGCGGGUUUUUGGCUGGGAAGACUUCUCCCAGGCUAUCACGAGCUUUGUGGAUAUUGAGAUUGACGAAAUUGACGAAGACUUCAUCUUGGAUCUUCUCGGCAAUUUUGUGGUCUCUCAGACAACCCAAGAAGGAAGCCGGACCUUUCGCUUCGCCCACCUCUCAGUACGAGAGUUUUUAGAGACCAAACCUGAAUACUCUAUAAGAUCUAGCAACACCUUUGGUGCGGAGGUAUGCUUAUUGAAAUUGCUCGGGGCUUCCGGGUCGCCCAAUGCACAACAAUUUCUCAGCGGACUAGGCCUCAGUGAUAAAGAUACAGUCACCUUGUCUGAGAUAGGCCCUCACAGGAAAGGCAUACAUGACUACUCCUUGCAAUAUUGGAACGAACACUGUGUGCGUGCUGGGAAAGUAAAUCGAUCAGACGAGGAACUACUCCUUUUUCACCUCCUGCGCUAUUUUCUCUUUGAUAAUUCGGAUCCAAACUGUCCACUGAAGGGCUGGGUACAUGCUCUUCAACGCCGCAAAAUGGGAACCUACCUUAAAUGGUAUCUGCUCGAUCUGUUGCGAAAUUAUCAUCAAUCCCGGGACCGAGCAUUUUUGCUUUCUUGCGUCUUCGGCUUCCAUGAACUUCUUCGUAUCGAUCACUAUCACGAACUCCAUGAUGACCUCAAAGAAGCAUGUAUGCUCGCAGCUGCGAAGCACCGCCAGUAUGAUAUCUUGAUAUAUUUGACGCAAGAAACAAAAAGCAGAUUAGUGCAGAAGCGCGUUCUAAAGGCAAUAGUCAGAAACAAUGACGUUGAACCGCUCGAAUGGUUCUUGACUGUCAGUAAUCCUGAUCUAAUUACAGGGUCAGUCAUUAUCGAUGCGACUUGGGCAGAUACAAAAAUCCUUGAGCUGUUGCUUGAUCGCAAUAAGAAUAUCCACAUUACGACGGAGUUCAUUGAAGAAAAUGCACGGUCUUACACGGUCAUUGAAGCACUCCUCAGCCGAGCCCCCGAUGUCGUAAUCAACUCUGCGAUACUCAAUAAUUCUAUAGCGGACAUUCCCAUUGAACGUCUCAGAGAACUCCUUGGCAGGAAUGAUGGACUGAUCAUUACAAGUGACAAUGUCGCCUAUGCUGCAUGUUUUGCGGGUUAUGAAUAUCCUAUGAGAGCGAAAAUAGAUUUUUUGUUGGAACGUGCUGGGGAGAGCAAAGGGACCGAGGAGAAUAUGAUGCGUGUCAUUGGCAUGUGCGGAAACCCAUACGUGAUCCAGAGUCUUCUUGACCAUGGGUGGCCGGUAACAGAAAGAGUUAUGGAGCUAGCUGCGAUACAUUCAUGGGUCGAACUUUUCGAGCGCCUCGUCAGGGCCGGAGGUCCAAUCACGUCCCAAGCCAUUGUUAAUGGAACUGUGAACCGUUGUGAUGGAGCUCGGAUGGUCAAACUCCUUGUAUCUUUGAUGGACCGACCGUUAGAUGAUGACUUAUGGGUCCAGAUGAUGGUGUUAUACGCUCAGAGUUUAUCAUCUGAAAAAACUAUCCAUGCGCUCCUAGGGAUAAAACCUGGUGCCAAGGUUUCAGAGGAGGUUUUAAUUGCUUUGACGAGAACUUCCAUGAACGGGAACAUCAUUCUGGAUGCUAUUCUGGACGAUGACCGAGAGAUGCAGAUCACCGAUGCGGUGAUCGUGAAUGCAUUAAGAAAUUUGGACUAUGGCAAUACCAUAGCUAAACUUCUCAAUCGACAGGGCUCAACAAAUAUUUCAAGCGAGAUGCUACUUGGAGCUGCUCAAAACCCUCGAUUCGCCAAUAUGAUGACAAAGCUUCUAUUGCAGCAAACUGCAACGAUCGAGAAACCAUCCUCUAUGGUCAUUGACGCAGUCAUCGGUAAUCAGAUUUCAGGUUGUGAGACCUUGCAGAUGCUGGAGCGUCAUUUCGGACGUUUUAAUCUCAGCGAGGAGCAUAUGGAAAUAGCGGCCAAGUCCGGCAACCACGUUAUGUUGCUCUUGGUAUUGGUUCGAUGUUCAAUCACCGAGGCCACGACACCUGUUUUGUUGGCCGCCGCGAGCAAUGGGAGCCUGGAGGUGAUGGAGCAGGUUUUGAAGCUAGACAAUGCUGUUGUUACCAAAGAGAUUUUGAUUGCUGCAUCAAACAAUUACCACUGCAGAAUUGAAAUGCUCGGGUUGCUUUGGAACUUUGCCCCACACAUCAAAGUGUCUCCCGAGAUGUUUCUGAAUGCUUGGGAUUAUACGGGAGCCGAGUUUCUUUUUUUUCGAGUGGAAGAUUCCAAAUUGUGCCAGGAUAUUCUGAACGCAGUGUUGACGGCAAAAAGGAGUCCGGUCGAUUGGAUAUCUGAGCAUCUUUUGGAUCUUAUCCUCGAGAGCAAGUUUGAAAUUCAAGUGACCGAUGAGCUUGUGAUGGGCGCCCUGAAGGCAGGCCAGGGAUGGCUUUUGGGGGCUUUCUUUGACCACGGCAUAGAUAUAGAACUAUCACAGGAUAUGGUGAACAAGGCAGUUGAGCUGGAGGACCAUCAGGCCCUGGAGGUGUUGGUCAAGCACGGGAACUCUCUUGAACUGAACCUGCACCAUGCAAGAAGUAUUCUCGAUUAUGAUUCACCGUGGGAUUCUGGCAAGGGUGAAGAUUAA